AUGCUGAAGAGCCGCUGUUGCGUUUUGUUCAGUGACCUGAAGGUUCUGCUUCUCAGGCCACCGGCACCCACGGCACCACCGCCACCCACCCUCACCCCCAUGAUUGGACAGGCGAACGAGCGCCGUGAGAGCGGAGCACACUCGCAUGCCAAUAACAACACGUUGAACAUACGCGUCAAUCAGCCAGCCUCCUGGCAUGCCCCGCAGGUAGAGGGGGCUGUGGUUACCGAGGGGCUCCGCGAGACCCCGGUGUGGACUGAAGCUUCGGCGGCCGAGGUGCCCUCGGAGGCGUUCCAUUUCAGGGACUCUCCCGACGACUACCCGAAACGGGAGGAACGCUUCUCCCUCAUCAGUUGCACGAGCGGGAUCAGGACUCCCGUGUGCAGGAUAUGCUUCCAGGGACCGGAGCAGGGGGAGCUCCUGAACCCGUGUCGCUGCAGUGGGUCGGUGCGUAGUACCCACCAGCCCUGCCUCAUCAAGUGGAUCAGCGAGAGGGGCUCCUGGGCCUGUGAGCUCUGCUACUACAAGUACCAGGUCAUCGCCAUCAGCACCAAGAACCCACUACAGUGGCAGGCCAUCUCUCUGACGGUCAUAGAGAAGGUGCAGAUUGCGGCGGCCAUUUUGGGUUCUCUGUUCCUGAUCGCCAGCAUCUCCUGGCUGGUCUGGUCCUCCCUCAGCCCCUCGGCCAAGUGGCAGCGCCAGGACCUGCUCUUCCAGAUCUGCUACGGCAUGUACGGAUUCAUGGACGUGGUGUGCAUCGCCCUGAUCGUGCACGAGGGGCCCUCGGUGUUCCGGAUAUUCCACCGGUGGCAGGCGGUCAACCAGCAGUGGAAGGUUCUGAACUAUGACAAGAGCAAGGACAGCGAGAAAAUCGCAGCCGCCAACGCUGCCGCUGCCGCAGCAACCGCAGCCGCAGCAGCCGCGGAGCGCGAGUGGACGCUCUCUCUCCUGCACCAGUGCGUGGAGGCCGGCCCAGACGCCUCCCCCACCUCCUCAUUGGUGGCCGCCGUCGCCAUGGACGCAGUGGUCACGCCCAGAACCGCCGAGGCGGUUGCUAUGGUGGCCAUGAUGGGGACAGAGGAUAACGGUGAUGAUGAUGAUGAUGACGAUGAUGAUGAUGGUGAUGGGACAGGUGUGAGGGUGGGUGAAGGGGCGGUGACAGCAGCAGGGACAGGGACAGGUACAGGUGCUGGAGUGGACUCACACAAUUCCCAGGUUAACCAGCAGGCCAAUGGGAUUGGCAUAGCUGGGCCCAAUAACAACAACCAGCAGCAGCAGCAACAGCAGCAGCACUAUGCGUACAACUUCCUGCAGCUGUUCACCACCCACCUGAGAGCCCCCCAGGAGCCCCGGGGGCAGCCUCCCCCCAGCAGCAGCAGCCGAGAGCUGGUCAUGAGGGUCACUACGGUCUGAGGCUCGGACUGAAGCCUACCUGGGGGAGGACUGGAGGGCUGGGUGUACUGAGGACUGCGGCUAGCUGAACUGAGUGGAGGAUUAAUGGGGCUCAGUCGAGCUCUUAUGUUCAUCAAAAGCAGCAAUUUUCUAAAAACAAAACAAAAAAAUAAUGUGACUUCUUGUAUGUAUCUGUGUGUAUGUAUAGGCUCAUUUGUGUGUGUGUGUGUGUGUGU